UUAAAUGAGCUUACUGCGGCUCAAAGAGAGCUGGUUUUGUUAUGCUGAAAUGUGCCCCUUCAUUUAGUUUGUGAAGGAGCUUAAAACUCUGCAUCGUCAGGAUGUGGAUUCAAGGUGAAGACAUUGCAGAGUCAGAGUCUGACGGAGAGGGUGGUGUGUCUUCCGAAGAUGAGGGAAACAUUGAGUGCGAGAUCCUGGAAAUUCAGAGGGAUGAAGCGAAUCAGAGACUGUCUGAACUGGAGGAAGCGUCGAAUCAGCUCUUGAAAGAGAUAAAUGUUCUGGAGCUGCAGUUCCAGAUUGAGCGCUCCUGCAGGGAGAGUGCUGAGGCGCUGGCUGUCAAAGUGACCAAAGAAAACAAAGUCCUGAAGAGGAAGAGCCAGAUGGUGAUACCGCCCAUCCCAGAGCUCCCUGAAAACUUCGAUGUCUUGCCCUUUGACCCGGAGACCGACCCCGCGGUUAACGAUGAGGACGUGGUUGACUUCGGUGAAGAGACGCUGCUGCUGCAGAGUCAGGUCAACAUCGCAGAGUUGCAGGUGUCCGUGGAUGGUCUGCUGGCUGAGAAGCUGCAGCUGGAGCAACGGGUGGAGGAUCUGACAAAAGAGCAGGUCCACCUCAGAGAGCAGCUAGCACUAGAGGUCGAGGAGAAAGAGGCCAUACUGAGGAAAAUUAGCAAACAGAGCAAGACCUUGAAUAAAAUCAAACGAGUCUCUCAGAUUGUCACAGAGGAGUUCACGGAGAUGUCUCAGAAGCUGGAGCUGGAGCAGGGCCUCCGGCAGCACGCUGAAGUCUUCGCCCACCAGAUGUUGGUGAAGCAGGAGGCGGCCAACAGCGAGUGUGUGACGGCGCAGAGCUCGGAGACCGGCCUGCAGCUGCAGCAGGCGCUGGAGCAAAUCUCCAACAUCAGCACGGCCCUGUGUGACAUACAGCGCCUCUACCAGGAGCAGGUUGCACCACGUCAGGGUGCUGUGGAGGAGAGCAACGUUGUCUUGGAGCUGCAGAACCUGAGGGCAGAGCUGGAGAGGAGCGAGGAGGAGAAGAAGGCCUUAGAGACGCAGCUGUCUGAAGCCAACAGCACUGUCACACAGCUCCAGGAGGAAGUGAAACAGUUACAAAAGCCUCUGAAGGAGGAUAAAAGUGAUGAGCAAGAGGAGAAAACCAUUCCAGCUCCUCCACCCCCUCCUCCUCCUCCUCUUCCUCCACCCCCUCCUGCUGUCACCAAUCCACUUGAUUUCUUGAGGAACAGGAGAAAAGACAGCGCCAGUAAAGGUGAUCAAAAUAAAGCGGAGCAGUUGGACUUUAAGACGAAAGCGGUGGAUGAAAUGAUGGAGAGAAUAAAAAACGGGAUCAUCCUGAGGCCCAUCAAGAGAUUACAGGAAGAUGACAGUGCAUGGAAGGACCAGAGGAGUGAAAACAGAAAGUCAGCUAUCCUGGAGUUGAAAGGAAUGCUGGACAACAUCAAGCGUCAGAACCUCCGCAGAGUGCCAUCCAGACGGGGAAUAGGCCGAAAUGUUGGAGAAGCAGAGCUGCUGCAGGUGCUGCAGAGGAGGAGGAGAGCCAUGGGGGACCAACAGGACCAAGCACAGGACCCUCAGACCGGUCCUCACUCUGUCCAAGCAGCAGGGGACGUUCCCUGGGCCACUGAGUGCAGCAGUGCCCCGGUACUCCGGAGGCUUAAGCAGAACCGAGAGAAGAGAGACUCCCGCAUCCGAGCAUCAGCACUGAUCGUCACACAAGAAGUGUCAUUGUCAGUGCUGCAAUAAUUUGAGUCCUGCAAUACAUUAUUUUUAGAAACUGAUUGCAUAUUGGCUGAUUUAAUUAAUACAUCUAUGCAUUGUUUGGGUCAUCAUGUACAAUAAAAUGUCUGUUGAUCAUGGUCUCUAUUGAAA